UCCUUAAAAAGCGCGGACGCCUCGUCUCGUGACGUUCGUGCCUGUGCCCCGAGAGCAGUUUUUUUUUUUUUUUAAUCUGUCAGCCUCUUCGCUGCUCUGGCACUUUCUGUCUCGCGAGAGCAGCCGGGCCGGGCUAGACGAGAUCUGAGGCGCUCAGGUGUAAGAGGCUCUCUCAUCCCAGCAGCGGGGAAACAGUAGACAGAUAAAGUGCGCGUGAGAGACUGCAGGCAUCUCUGUGAUCUCCGAGCUCAAGGCUCGACUCGGCGCACACACGCACACAAGAGCGCGCGCUCGGCGGCAUCACAAGCGCGUCGACAAAAGGAUCACUGGCGGUGUCAAGGACUGCCUUUUCGGGCUCUUUUGGCCGUUUUAGCCCUCGCCCCUGCGCCGCGCACUUUUAUUGGGGGAGCUCGCCAAGAUGAUGUCCAUGAACAGCAAACAGGCGCACUUCGCCAUGCACCCUUCGCUGCCGGAGCAUAAGUACACCACCCUGCAUUCCAGCUCCGAGGCUAUCCGGAGAGCCUGUCUACAAACUCCACAGCUGCAAAGCAACAUUUUCGCCAGUUUGGACGAGACGCUCCUGGCCCGGGCCGAGGCUCUGGCGGCAGUGGACAUCGCCGUGUCCCAGGGCAAGACGCACCCGUUCAAGCCCGACGCCACGUACCACACAAUGAGCACCGUGCCGUGCUCGUCGACGUCCACGGUGCCGCUGGCCCAUCACCACCACCACCAUCACCACCACCACCACCAGAACCUGGAACCCCCGGACUUAAUGGACCACAUCAGCUCGCCCUCUCUCGCCCUCAUGUCCAGCGGGCACGACGGGCCCGGAGGCGGAGGUGGUGGCGGCGGCGGUGGAGGCGGCGGCGGCGGCGGCGGCGCAGGGCUCAUCUCCAGCGCCUCGGCGCCCGCGCACGCGCACCCGCACUCGCACAUGCACGGCUUGAGCCACCUCUCGCACCAGGCGGCCAUGAGCAUGAACUCGCCUCUCACCCACCACGGCCUCUUACCGGGUCACCACGGGGGCAGCCAAGUGGGCCCCGGGCUGACGGGCAGCGGGCUGCCGUCCAUCAAUGACUCGGACACGGACCCCAGGGAGCUGGAGGCCUUCGCGGAGCGCUUCAAGCAGCGGCGGAUCAAACUGGGGGUGACCCAGGCGGAUGUGGGCGGCGCGCUGGCCAAUCUCAAAAUCCCCGGCGUGGGAUCGCUGAGCCAAAGUACAAUUUGUCGCUUCGAGUCGUUGACUCUGUCCCACAACAACAUGAUCGCGCUCAAACCCAUCCUGCAGGCUUGGCUGGAGGAGGCCGAGGGGGCCCAGAGGGAAAAAAUGAGCAAGCCGGACAUAUUCAACGGAGGGGAAAAGAAACGCAAGAGGACCUCGAUAGCCGCUCCGGAGAAGCGGUCCUUGGAGGCCUACUUCGCCGUUCAGCCGCGGCCCUCCUCGGAGAAAAUUGCAGCCAUCGCUGAGAAAUUGGACUUGAAAAAGAACGUGGUGCGAGUGUGGUUUUGCAACCAAAGACAAAAGCAGAAACGCUUGAAAUUUUCCGCCGCCCACUGAUGCUAGGCUGCGGGGACCAACACAAAAACAAAAGUUCUUGUGACUGAAUUUGGGGACCAAUGGACUGCAGUAAAAAAAAACAACAACAACAACAAACACCAUUUUCAGUCUUUUGUCGCUGGCGAGUUUCUACGCCGGUGAGCAACGGGCUUCGGUCAUUCUAGAAGAGGCUUCAUAUAUAUAUAUUGGUUAUUUUUUCACGUUAUCGGUGAAUGUGAAGUAUGCAAAUAUCAGAUGACACCCACCUUGCGCCGUCCCUGUAACAGGGGGGCAAAGUUGAGCGACGUCGACGUCGCCUUUGAAAAGACGCGGGGAAGGGAAAACGGUUUCCAAAAGCGAGUUGAUUUCUCCGAACAGGCCUAUUAUUUCCACUAAUAGCCAUUCACAAAUUACCUCAUUGAUUGUCGUAUAUACUGUAUUUUUGCUUUGGCUCUCGUCGGAGUCGCUCAAGAAUAAUCCACGUGACUUUGAUUUGUUCAUAAGUAUUUUAUUUCCGUCUUUAUUCAUGUUCGCGAUGGAGGCUGCUACAAUUCAAAUUCCGUUGCGAAAUCGUCUGGCUGUCAACGAAAACUUUGGCCUGCACGGAAUCCACAUUCACAGGCAGCAUUUUUUUUUAAUCCUCUCGAGUAAAGGCUCCCGCGUCUGCCGUGGACAUCUUUCGUUCGAUUUGCACAAAAGGCCCUUAUUUAUAAGAAACGUCCACGUCUUUUGUAAAUACGUACAUCACUUUAUCACAAGAUUGGAGUUGUGUUAGAAUUAAAAUGAUCGCGUCACGCGUGAAGGUUAACAAGAAAAAAGGGGGGGAAAAAAACAACAACCAGAGAGCACGAAAAGCCUUGUCUGCUGAUGAAAACAAAACCGAAAGGUACUUUCAGUGUUUUAGUUUGCAGUGCAAGCACUCUAUGCAUUAUCGGAAGAGGAAUUAUUCAUUCAUAUUCUUUGGUACGGUCGAGCCGUCGACUGCUGUAGAACUUGCCUUGUGAUGGUGUCAAGUCACUGUUAACUGCCUGUGUUCACAUGAAGAUCACCACGUUGUUUGUCGUGUUCAAUGUGAAGGGAAACCUUGUCAGGAUUUUUUUUUUCUUUUUCGACUUCGUGCACAACGACAUAUAUGUUUACAGAGCUGCGACGACGCGUGCGCCCUGGAAUUGUCUUUUGAGCUGCGCUCUCCUCACAACUUGUCAUGCACACGCAUUUGUUGUCCCCCUUUCUUUUGCUCUUACCUUCAACUGUGCUUAUUUAUUUUGUUCAUCCUAUACGCCAAAUUCAACAGGGAGGUGUGUUCCAGCAAUCUUCGAAUAAAUCGAAAAAUUAAAAGUUUGCCUCU